AUGACAGGGAACCUUUCUCUGUUACGGAACAUCGAGAAUAUUAUUCCAUGUACUGUGGGGUUCGCGGAUGGUGGAAAGACUCUCUCGCUUAGCAAAGGAUCUUUGACGAUAUCAUCUAAGCUCACGUUACAUAAUGUCUUAUAUGUCAAAGAUCUUAAUUGCACUUUGAUUUCAGUUUCCAAGUUACUGAAACAAACCGGUGGUGUAGCUAUGUUCACUGAUACUCUUUGUGUUUUACAGGACCGUUUCACGAGGACUUUGAUUGGAGCCGGUGAGGAACGUGAUGGGGUCUACUAUUUUAAGGAUGUUAUGGCAGCUAGGAUACAUCGAGCAGAUGCAGCAAUGGACUCUGCUUUGUGGCACCAGAGGCUAGGACAUCCUUCGUUUUCAGUGCUUUCUUCUUUGCCAUUGUUUUCUGGUUCUUCUAGACCUGCUUGUUCUGGUCCGUGUGACGUUUGUUUUAGGCUAAGCAGACUAGAGAGGAAACUGUUUUUCCUUACUCUAGUGAGAUUCCUUCUCUCUCAGUCGUCACGAGUGACCGGUGUUGAUGAUGACUGGUUCGUUGCUCCCACGGUUGUAAGGGGGAGCGUUGUUCCGCUUAUGCCUGAAAGGGGGAGCUCUGCUGCAGCUGGAACAGAACAUCCACAAGAACCUGUUUCAGUCCAACAACAGAAUCAGAACAUCCACAAGAACCUGGUUCUGUCUUCGCCAGAAAACAGAAUCUGUAAAACUAAAGACUAUGUUACGUACAAUGUCGUGUGUCUCAAGAUCCCCAUCACGCUCCUCCCGACAUCAUCUCAGUCCUCCUCGGUCCAAGGUAACUCACUCUAUCCUCUCUCUCAUUUCAUCUCAGAUGAAUCUUUCUCGCCGAACCAGCGAGCUUUCUUUGCAGCUAUUACGGCGGGAGAUGAGCCCAAAAGUUUCAAAGAUGCUGUUCAGAUCAAAGUUUGGAAUGAUGCAAUGGGUUCAGAAGUUGAUGCCUUGGAGUUCAAGAAAACCAAGUAUAACUCUGACGGGACGAUAGAGAGAUAUAAGGCUCGACUUGUAGUUCAAGGCAACAAUCAGAUUGCGGGCGAGGAUUAUGACGAGACGUUCGCUCCGGUGGUCAAAAUGAAUAUUGUACGGACAGUUCUUCGCACAGUUGCAGCAAAUAAUUGGGAGGUUUAUCAGAUGGAUGUGCAUAACGCUUUUCUUCAUGGGGAUCUCGAGGAAGAGGUCUAUAUGAAACUUCCGCCAGGCUUCAGGCAUUCUCAUCCCGGCAAAGUUUGUCGGCUCCGGAAAUCCUUGUAUGGUCUAAAACAAGCACCUCGUUGUUGGUUUAAGAAAUUUCUGAUGCUCUGCUCCGCUUCGGCUUUGUGCAUCUUAUGA